AUGGACGAGCAAAGUUCACUUCCUACGUCUACCACCGGGUCUGGCACCCCUGCACCGCCUGUGCCAGUCUCGACUUAUUCGACAUACAAACCACAAACAUUCCAGCCAACAUGCACGCAUCUGACCAUGACACGCGUGUAUGACACGGAAUUCAACUGUUCUUUGUGUCAUGCUCUUCAGAAGAAUCAAGCAGUGAGCUUUGACUUUCUAGGUACUGUGUUCGGUAAUGAGAUCCGCCCAGGUCUCCGAAGCCCAGAGAGAAGAGCGAGUAAGCUGAGUUUUUUCGAAGAGAUUAGCCCUGGCCAGAUGAAGACAUAUUCGCCUACCCAGGUUGCAACCAUUUUAGAGCAGAGAGAAAAUGUAUUGAACAUUGUCUCACAACAGCACCAAGCUUCUGACUCGACACCGCCCCUAUACUAUCCUUCAGGAAGCUACCGUAGGAACUCAUUGAAGCUUCCCGCCGGACUCGGCUUUCCAGUACCAACGGGUAUAAAGCCUUGGGUCCCUCGUGAGGACGAUGAGUGCCAGGCCAAAUACUGCCACUACUGCCGCCCGUCUUGUGAGCCACGGUCGUAUCUUAGCCUCAAUGGUAUUAUGAGCGGCGAGGUGCCUCCCACUGUCGCUACCGGCUAUGGUUUCCACCGAAUGAAAGCCAGGCCAAUAGUCGAUGCUACGAUCAUAAGGGACAUCGGAUUACGGCCGGUUCCGUGGCCACGAGUCAAGGCGCAUAUUUGCCCGUCCUCGCCAUCUUCGCAGUCAACGUGGUCGCUAUCUGAUAUAACCGAGGAGCCAAUUCUCGAGACGGAAUACGUAGAACCAGGAGAGGGCUCUACGAUUGAUAGCUUCACAUCAACACCUUCAGAAGUCAACAUUUUUGAACAACAACGACCAGCGUUCACUCCGCCUUCAACCCCAAUAUGUUGGACGGGUAUCGCUCAGCAAGAAAACGGUACGGUGAACUUUGAGUCUUGUCCCUUCGUAUGCGAUGGUAGAAGUCCAGAAUCACUAAAGACGAAUUAUCAAAUCCAUCGCCAGGUCGUUAGGUCUAUCGCAGGCCUCAUGGAGCAAGAAUUAGACGAAGCCGAGAUCGAAGAAUUUCAAUCCAUCUGUUCAUUCAAGCCGACCGAGCAGUCUAUGUUCCUCGGGGCUAGUCUGAGUUCGGUAAAGUCGCGAAUGUUGUCUGAGGACUUUAAUCGAGGAGGUAUAACACCCAUGAUUAAGGAAGAUAUUGAAGAAGGCCGUUUCCAUCGGGAUCCUCUGCAUGUUGGAGACGGGAUUGCGGUUUUGGAGGAGAGCAUUGAGCUGGGUGUCCCCGACGUCAUCACUAAGAUGUAGAGCAAAUAUUCGCUGCUGGGGUUGUUGGCUACCUCCUGGCUAGCAGGACAUUGCUUGCUGGAUAUGAACGUCUUGGUAAUUGAUUGACUAUGAGACAACCAGUAGGGCAUAAUCCUACAACUAUUCAUGCUGAAUACCAGGCUUCUGGAAGGGGAUCGACCAAAUAAUUCAUCACCUUGGCAUUGGUGUAGUACAAUUAUUAUGUCCAUGUAGACAGACGCUGUGGUCAAUUAGGCUGGCAAUUAAGAUUGUUAGGUGAAAGUGGUACAGGGCUCAAUGCUAAGCAUUAGAUACCUGCAAGCUAGUGAUAUUCUGAUAUAGGCGCCAGGUAACGUCUAUAAGGUCCUUUAUGCGGUUAACUUUGGAAUGGAGUGAAAUCAAAGGCU